CGCCGACACCCCACGGGCGGAGACACAGCCAAAAACCCACACUCCCUCACUACACUCCCACUUCCGUCACUCCCCUUCCUUCUCCUUUCCGCCUCCUCAACCAGAAUCAUUCACCAUUCGAGCAAAUGCCCUCAUCUUGCUGACGAGUGACGACUCCACCAACGUCAGAGCACCCAUCCCUCUCCCAAGUCACAUCUCCAUACCCAUCUGAUCUAGUUCCGUCGCUGCAAGAGAGCUUCUAGAUAGCUAGGCGCGGCUAGCAGAAUUAAUGGCGAGAGGUGCCGGCGCCGUCGCUCUCCUCUCCUUCCUCCUCGGCCAGCAAAUCCUCUCCGUGCUCGUCGCCGGCGAGGACCCGUACCGGUUCUUCACCUGGAACGUCACCUACGGCUUCAUCUACCCGCUCGGCGUCAAGCAGCAGGGGAUACUGAUCAAUGGCCAGUUCCCGGGGCCGCAGAUAGAGGCCGUCACCAACGACAACCUCGUCGUCAAUGUCUUCAACAGCCUCAACGAGCCAUUCCUCCUCUCCUGGAACGGGAUACAGCAGCGGCGGAACUCGUUCGAGGACGGGGUGGCCGGGACGACGUGCCCGAUCCCGCCCGGCGCCAACUUCACCUACAACCUGCAGGCCAAGGACCAGAUCGGCACCUACUUCUACUUCCCCUCCCUCGCCUUCCACAAGGCCGCCGGCGGCUUCGGCGGCAUCCGGGUCCUCAGCCGCCCCAGGAUCCCCGUCCCCUUCCCGCCCCCCGCCGCCGACUACACCGCCCUCAUCGGCGACUGGUACAAGGCCAACCAUACCGAUUUGAGGUACAUGCUUGACAGCGGCAAGACUCUUGGCUUCCCUGAUGGCCUGCUCAUCAACGGCCGCGGCUGGAACGGCUACACCUUCACCGUCCAGCCUGGUCAGACAUACCGUUUCCGGAUCACCAACGUCGGUCUGUCGACCUCCCUGAACUUCAGGAUCCAGGGGCACACGAUGAAGCUGGUGGAGGUGGAGGGGUCGCACACGGUGCAGAGCACCUACUCCUCCCUGGACGUGCACCUCGGCCAGUCCUACUCGGUACUCGUCACGGCGAACCAGCCCGGCUUCGACUACUCCAUCGUUGUCUCCACGCGCUUCACCAGCAAGAUCAUAUCCACCGCCGCCGUCCUGCACUACACCAACUCCGCCGGCAAGGCUCCCGGCCCUAUGCCCGGAGGCCCCACCACCCAGAUCGACUGGUCACUCAACCAGGCCCGUACCAUCAGAUGGAACCUGACGGCGAGCGGGCCGAGGCCGAACCCGCAGGGCUCGUACCACUACGGCCAGGUGAACACCACCAGGACCAUCAGGCUGGCCAACUCGGCGGCCACCAUCAACGGGAAGCAGAGGUACGCGGUGAACAGGGUGUCACACGUCAACCCGGACACGCCGCUCAAGCUCGCCGACUACUACAAGAUCCCCGGCGUGUUCUCGGUGGGCACCAUCUCCGGCAGCCCCGCGUCCGGCGGUGCAUACCUUCAGACGUCCGUCAUGGGGGCCGAUUACAGAGGCUACGUGGAGGUCGUGUUCGAGAACUCCGAGAACGAGGUGCAGUCGUGGCACAUAGACGGCUACGCAUUCUGGGUUGUCGGCAUGAAUGGAGGACAAUGGUCCCCGGCAAGCAGGCAGAUCUACAAUCUGAGGGAUGGUGUUUCGCGCUACACUGUUCAGGUUUACCCCAACGCGUGGACUGCAAUCUACAUGCCCCUUGAUAACGUGGGCAUGUGGAACGUGAGAGCAGAAAACUGGGCUAGGCAAUACCUUGGGCAGCAGUUCUACCUCCGCGUCUGGACGCCGUCGACGUCGUGGCGCGACGAGUUCCCUAUCCCCAAGAACGCCCUCCUCUGUGGCCGUGCCGCCGGCCGCCGGACAAGGCCGCUCUGAAUUACCGACACGGCCGAACCAAGGCUGUCAUGAGAGGAUGACACCUUGCCCUGCAUCAGGCACACAAAAUUUACCCAACCUGGAAGAAAGGCUCACAAAAAAAAGCGUGACCACAAAGCAGAUAGUCGUACGUUUGCAAUUGAACUUUUAGUGCCAGCUUGAUUCUUUCUGCUAUAAUUAGCCAUGUAGUAGCACCUUAGAUUUGUUAUGCUGAUCAUUGGUAAAAUAAGUUAUAUGCUUCGUGUCA